AGGAAGCUUAGUACUACGAUGGGGCUGUAGAGAGUAAUCGUAAUCCUUGAUAUUCUGAUGAUCGAUGAUCUUGAUGAUGAGAGAAGCCAUAAGGGCGUUCUCUCGAAUCUCUAUAUCUAGGAUCUACGCUACGAUCUUGUUAUAAUAUACAGGGGCUACAGUAAGCGACCACAGGUAGAACCACAGAAAAACUCUGCCCUUACGGCUAGAGGCCUCGAAGAAAAAAGAAAAUUUACUCAACAGUUAUGAGCCCGGAGCAACUCUAAGUCGCAAAAUUGAUUAAUAUAUACAAUCGCAGAGCCUACAUACAUCCUAGACACCAUCAUAAUGGCAACAGUAAAUAGGGUAGGGGUGGUCCUUACAUCUCCCAAAGACUGGGAUGAAUGGAUCGAGACGAUAAAAACAACAUCAAUGAAAGCUGGAGUAUGGAGGUAUAUUGACCCGAACAAUAUUGAUCCUCCUAUUCUAGAGCCACCCACUCGUCCUGCCCCUAGCUUUGUGCGCGCCGCAGCACAGGCAGGCCAAGGGUUUGCAACAUCUUCAUCUUCGCAGCAAGCACCCGCAGGUGUGGCAACAAGAGGGCGAUCCUCUGCACAGCAACCUCAGCAGUCUGUCGAAGACCAACAACAACUUUCCUCCCAACUGAUGCCAAUCACAUAUGCGAGUUUGACCGAAGAUCAAAAAGAAGAACUUCGGAACCUACAAGACGAUUACCAACAUGAUCGUAAGAUGUGGGAGAAACAAGAGGAAGCCGUCCAAGGCAUCCGCACAAAAAUACAAGAGUCAAUCAAACGGGACUUCCUCCCGUAUACAUAUGGAUGUGAUUCAGCACAUGCGAUGCUUGUGAAUCUCAAAACACGCUUCGCACCUACCGACCGUGGUAGAAUUGAAGAAUGGAAGAGUGAGUGGAGAACAUUGCAAAAGAUACCAAAGGGGUCAACUGUCGAUGAUUGGCUUCUCCGGUGGGAAACAAUUUCUGAGGUGCAAUCUCUUCCUUGUCACCACCAUUUGUCAGUAUCUGGGAUAUGAGUCUCAUCGAUGAGUCAACAACAUAUUCUCUCACGCAAGUAAUCACCGAGUACAGAGCUUACCGUCGGCAAACACAAUUCCGACAGAAACCUCGGGGGGAGCAUGGAGUCUUCGCAACAAUGGAUAAUAGUGGAGAAAGUAGUGACGGAGUCUUUGCAGCAACAGACGAAAAUGACAAUAAACCUGCAACACUACAAGGCCGUACAAAUAGAAAUACUUCUGCCAGGCGAUGUCCGUGUGGAUCAAAACACAAAUGGAGAGAUUGUUAUUAUAUUGUUGAAUCAAAAAGGCACAGUGGAUGGAAACCUAAAAAAGAAACUGAGAUAAAAGUGCGGAACUACAUUGCAGAAAGACCAUCUUUCCAGUCUAUAAUUUCCAACUACUUGAGCCAGAAUGGAUCAGGGGACAACAGUCUGCAAGACAGUACAACAAACCCCACGGCAUUCACAGCCGUGUUCCCAGCAUUUCAAGUGUCGCAAAAGCCAUCAUCAACUUAUGAGCUUGCACAAAGUACAAUCCUUGAUUCUGGAGCCACGGUGCACGUCUGCAAUGACUAUGCAAAAUUCCACAACUUCAAAAAGUGUGAUAGUGAAACAUAUCUCCUCGCAGGAGAUCAACGGGUGAUAAUUGAAGGAUUUGGUUCCGUGAACAUUGAUGUUCAAAAUAGCAAUGGUCAACCAAUAACUAUCGCUCUUGAGGAAACAGCCCUUGUCUCCACUUUCCAUACAUCAGUCGCAUCACUACGCCGAUUCAUCAAAAAAGGCGUGCACUGGAACACGAAGACUGAAUGCCUUACAUACAGAGGCAAAAUAUUCUGCAAAACUCCGAUGAUACACAAUCAAAAAGCAUAAGGUUGUACCGGACAUCGAGAAGGUAUUUCAAACCUCAUUUGAACCAAGACGUGCCUUAAAAGGGACCGCAAAAGAGUGGCACAACCGCAUGGGUCACUUAAAUCAAAAUGCAGUGUACAAACUACAAGAAAACACAAGAGGAGUAGAGGUGACAGACAUGGACUACGACACAAACUGUGAAACAUGCAAGCUGUCAAAUGCAACCAAAAUCAUCUCUCGAAGAC